AAAAAAAAAAAAAAUAAAAAACUCUACAGUACAGUUACUGUUUUCUGCCUCUCUCAGAAAGAAACGCCCGAUAACGAGAAGGGAAGAACGAAACCCACGCUGCGCCAGCUGCGUUCGCCGCCACCGCCACAGCCACUUCGGUCCGCCUUCGCCGCUGCCACCGUCGUUGCAGAGACCUCUGUAACUCUGUUCGUGUUCGGCUGUUCGCUUUCCCCAAUUUUGUUGAUUCUGGACAGACUUGGGGGGCGACGGAAUUUUGACUGAAAAUUUUGGGCUUGAAGCUUGAACUUUUGAAGCCUAUCGGCCAUACAAGUUGGAGAAAUGGAAGGAACAGAACAGUGGAAGGUUCAGGCGGAACAAGUGAAGGUCCAGAUGGAGCAAUGGCUACAACUAGGCUUGGAGUUUGUUCACCAAAUACCCCCAAUUCAGCUCUACGUCGGGGUUGGCGUGUUGCUAUUAACUACACUACUUCUCUUAUUGACUCGCUUGUUCAAGCGCAGAAAAUCGAAUACCAUUGUUCUUGGUGGGCUAAGUGGAAGUGGGAAAACUGUUCUCUUCUAUCAACUUCGUGAUGGUUCUUCUCAUCAGGGUACUGUUACAUCAAUGGAACCUAAUGAAGGCACGUUUGUGCUUCAUUCUGAAAUAUCAAAGAAGGACAAACUGAAGCCUGUUCAUCUUGUGGAUGUCCCUGGCCAUUCUCGCCUUCGAGCCAAACUAGAUGAGUUUUUGCCUCAAGCAGCUGGUGUAGUCUUUGUGGUGGAUGCUCUGGAUUUUUUACCCAACUGUCGUGCAGCUUCAGAGUACCUCUAUGAUAUCCUGACUAAUGCGAGUGUUGUGAAGAAGAAAAUCCCUGUCUUGAUACUAUGCAAUAAAACAGACAAGGUUACAGCCCACACAAAGGAGUUUAUCAAUAGGCAGAUGGAGAAGGAAAUUGACAAGCUACGAGUGUCGAGAAGCGCAAUUUCGGCAGCUGAUAUUGCAAAUGACUUCACACUAGGGGUACCUGGUAAAGCAUUUUCGUUCUCGCAGUGCCAUAACAAAGUUGCAGUUGGUGAAGCCUCUGGAUUGAUGGGUCAAGUAACCGAGGUGGAGCAAUUUAUAAGGGAAAAUGUGAAGCCGUAGCUGUAUAUUCUGUUCUACAUGUUGACUGGUAGAAGUCUCAUCUCAGCUACAUUCGAAUCAAUUAUGCUUUGUUGGGAUCGUAUCAUGCUUUGUUGCCAUUCUACAAUGGCUUAUAACUUCGCAAUCUGACUCGUCUCUAAAUCUUUGAGUACUUGGUUCAUUUCGAGUAGAUGAUGGUUUUGGUCGCUAACCAAGGCCCUUUACACGCUCAGGUUGUUUACCUAGUACUCGGUUCACAUAUUUCUUUCUCUGGUAGAAGUUCACCACCUUUUAAUGUAGUAUUUUUUAGUGCAAUCAUUUCAUCUUAUAACAUAUUAUGUAACAGUAUUAACACUUUGUGAAAAGAAAAAUGAAAUAACAGUUUUUACUUGCA